UCUUUUCUGUUGACACUCGUCUUCAUAACUUCAUGGUCCACUUUUCUCAACCAGUUACCCCUUUCAAAGCCCCUCUCUUCCGUCCUUUCUCUCUCCUAAAAACCACUUCCAUCAGUUAGAUUCUGCCCAACUUCUCCUUCCUCUUUCUCUCUCCUCUCUUCACUUCCAUCUCCACCACUCUAAAAACACCGACAACAACAAUAUUUGAGCAACAACAACAAUAUUUGUAACAAUGUCAGAAGUAACAAAAUACCAGUUAGUUCCAAACAACAACAACAUAGUUACAGACUUCAGAAGUCAUUUCUCUUUCUUUAGAAGCAAAAAAAGCAGUGCUUUUGUUUAUGGGGUUGUCUUUGUUUUCAUUGCUUUCACUGUUUUUCUUGCUUUUUCCCCUUCUUCUUCUUCCACUUCUUCUUCUACUUGGUUCAUCAAUUUUUUUACUGUUAACAAUACUUCUCCUCCUGAUCAAUCUCUCAGAUCUCAUCUCUCUCCUAUCUCCCCUCAAAUUCCUUCUAAUUUUACUCAAAUUUCUCAAACUAAUUCUUCUAGAUCUCAGAAUAUCACUUCUUUUCAACUACCCAGUUCACAUAAUUUAACAAAAAUCCCUGAUAAAGUUGAAAAUCUUAAGAUUAAUGAUACUAUCAUCCAAAGUAGCAUAAUUCCGCCUCAAAUCUCUCCAAUUUCAUCUGGAAAAGAUGAAAACUUGAAUCUCAAUGAUACUAAUUACCCUGAAAAGCAGAGUGAUCAGAGUAAUACUAGUAGUACUAGUAGUUUAGUUCAUCCUGAAAUCUCCUCCCCAACAAUCUCUCCAACUACUGAGAUAACUACUGUCGAAACGGCGAAUUCGACUAAAAUAAAAAGUGGGGGAGAUGAGAAGGGGGUGAAAGAGGAUGGUGUAGUGUUACAGAAAGAAAGAAAAAGCAGUCGAAACGACACCGGUUCAGGGGAACCACAGAAGCAGGAGAAGAAGGAGAAGGAGAAGAAUUUGGUUAGUUCAUUGAUUGAAUGUGAUUUGUAUGAUGGAGAUUGGGUGAGAGAUGAUUCAUACCCACUUUAUGAACCUGGAUCAUGUAAAAUUGUUGAUGAACAAUUUAAUUGUAUUCUUAAUGGUAGACCUGAUAAUGAUUAUCAGAAGCUUAAAUGGAAGCCUAAGGGUUGCACAUUACCUAGGAUGAAUGGAAGGCAAAUGUUGAAGUUAUUGAGGGGAAAGCGACUUGUUUUUGUCGGAGAUUCACUGAAUCGAAACAUGUGGGAAUCUCUGGUUUGCAUUCUUAAGAGCUCCGUGAAACACCCCAAGAAUGUUUUUGAAGCUUAUGGUAGGCAUACAUUCCGGACCGAAGCUUCUUACUCUUUUGUAUUCAAAGAUUAUAAUUGUACAGUAGAGUUCUUCGUUGCUCCUUUCUUAGUUCAACCAUGGGACGUCAAAGACAAGAAUGGAACAAUCAAGGAAACUCUUCGACUCGAUGUUGUGGUUGAAGAGUCCAUUCAUUUUAAAGAUGCAGACUUUGUAGUUUUUAAUACCGGGCAUUGGUGGACCCAUGAAAAGACAUCCAAGGGGGAAGAUUAUUAUCAAGAAGGCAGCAAUGUGUACAAACAAUUAGAUGUACAAGAGGCGUUUCGGAAAGCCGUAACAACUUGGGGCAGAUGGGUUGACGCCAACAUCAAUCCUCAAAGGACGCAUGUGUUCUUCCGCGGCUAUUCCAGUACACAUUUCAGUGGUGGGCAAUGGAAUUCUGGUGGGCAAUGUGAUAGCGAGACGGAACCUAUUAGGAACGAUACUUACCUUACAAAAUAUCCAUGGAAAAUGAGAACUUUGGAGACAGUAAUGAAGGGCAUGAAAACCCCUGUUUCCUAUCUCAAUAUCACGAAAUUGACGGAUUACAGGAAAGAUGCACACCCGUCAAUAUACCGAAAGCAACGCCCCUCUACGGAAGAGAAAAGAACGCCAUUGAGAUUUCAAGAUUGCAGUCACUGGUGCCUUCCUGGAGUACCCGACUCAUGGAACGAGCUUCUCUAUGCUGAAAUCCUAAGAAAACAGUUUCAAAACACAUAGAAUUGAAGAGGCUACGUUUUCGUUCAGGUACAAGUGUUAAAUUACACGGAUUUUUACCUAUUUAAUUUUGUAGAUUGUAAACUCAGGUGAAUGGAUACUUUCUUCGUGGUUCGAUAAAUAAUUAUCCCUUAUACAAAAAUGAGAGAAGCAAAUAGGAUCUCCCUUAUACAACUGGGAUCUUUUGCUAAAGGAAAUGCUAUGUUCACUCCCAAAAGGUGUUCUUAAACUAUUACUGUAAAGAGCACCGUUUAGUGCUCCCACUAAAUGGAGUGUUAAAGGCCUUUUUGAUAUGAUUUCCUCUUGUGAAUUAUGGGCGUAUAAUGGGCCGGUGUGCGUCGGUGUGCGUCGGUGAUUAGAAGAUAUAGUUGGCAAUUUUGAAGAUGUUGACAAUUCGUGUAAUUUUAUAGCUUGUAGAAUGUAGAAUAUUAUACGUUUGUACAUUAUGAUUAUUUUAACUAUAUGUUAGUAAUAAAUUAAGUGCAAUAUGUUUUCUUUUCUCA